CUAUCGUUAUCGGUCGCUGCAAAUGUGUAGGAGUGGUUGUCGUGUUGUUGGUAUUUCAUCCAAUUAAGACGUUUAUUUACAAAAUUUGUGUUUGUUUUGCUUUUUGUUAACUGAGCUCGCAGUAUUUAUCGCCAGCUGCACCAUGAAAUCCUGGCAAGUAGCUGUGCUGGCCCUAGCGGCCGUCUAUCUGUGCAGUCAGGUGCAUUUUGUCCAGGGACUCGAGUGCUAUGUGUGCUCCAACCAGACGGGCAACACGGAGAAAUGCCUCAACACAAUCAAAACCUGCGAACCGUUCGAGAAUGUGUGCGGCACCGAGAUACGCUGGGGCAGCCAGCCCUACUUCUCCGAGGGCGCGCUCAAGCAAUAUUAUGUGUCCAAACGCUGCAUGACCAAGGAACAGUGCCAGUCGAAGCGUCGGCGCUAUAUGCAGAUGUACUGCACCCACAUCUGGUAUGAGGAUUGGGCGUGCAACGAGUGCUGCCAGGGCGACAGAUGCAACUAUUUUGUUAUCAGCGGCGCGACGGGUCAACAGAGCCACACGCUGUUGCUGAUAGCUGCACUGCUGGGCGUCGGACUGCUCAUAAGGCGUGGCAUACUGCCCUAGGCAAUGCACUUUUAUUUUGCCCUUCUAAUACGCACAUUCACAUUCCAACGAAGCUAAGUAAUUUUAAUUGUAUUCGUAAUUGUAUUCAUUUCGUAUUGUCCACUAGUUAGUAGUUAUCACUGUAUGCCGUCCAUUGUGUGUAGUUCGUCCAAGUGCCUUGACAAGCAGUUACAACUUAGGCCUGUUAAAGUUUUAGUCUAGUUUUUGUUUAAAAUUCAAACUGAAAGCUUAAAGUUUAAUUUCUGUUCAAAGUUUUAGAGAUUUCAUUCAGCUUAUCAUAUAUUAAAAGACAUAUCAGUUUUAUUUAUCAAUUUAGCGCUAGAAAGUGAAAGCCCCUUUUAUAUUUGUGAUUUGUCUAGAAACUCGUUAAGGUAUCUCAUGAUUCAGUAAGUUUUUAUGCUCCUUACACGAAUGAGAAGUGGGUAUAUUAGUUGCGUACCAUUUACGUCUGUCUGUUCUUUUUAAACUAUUUGAAUUUGGAGACUUUCAACUUUGAAUAUACUGUAAACGCUGCCAAGAAAAUAUUCUGCUAACAGAUAUAUCUUAAAAAAAAGGACAAAAAUGGGGGGAAAGGAAUUGACAGCUUCAUAGAGUUGUUUACCAAAAGGAGUCUAAUUGUGUUAUUUUAAAAAAUAACCAGUCCGUAAUCAUCAAAGUUUCAAGAGAGCACGAGCUUUAUGUAAUAGAAGACAGACAUAUAAUAGAAGACAUCUUGAGAUAAGCUUAUGACAUCCUUGCAGCCUAUUCAAAAAAUAUGCGCUAAAACUUUAACGUGGCCUUCUUAGCUUUAGUAAUUGUACUCGAAUCGAAUGAGAAAUUCUCGAAAAUCUUUUUGAAAAGCCCCCUUUUGGGUCUCCAAAACAGCUCAAUAAAGCAGCAAUGACGUUUUCUUUGAACGCUCUAUUGUGCAAUUUUAUAUA